AAAUUAAAACCUUCUCAUCUCCUAGGUAUUAUUAACCCAAAGAACCCAAAGGAAGCGCCAAAGUCCUUCAGCUUCGACUAUUCCUACUGGUCUCACACCUCGCCUGAAGAUCCCUGUUUUGCAUCUCAAAACCGUGUGUACAAUGACAUCGGGAAGGAAAUGCUCUUACACGCCUUCGAGGGGUACAAUGUCUGCAUCUUUGCCUAUGGGCAGACUGGCGCUGGCAAGUCUUACACAAUGAUGGGUAAACAAGAAGAGAGCCAGGCUGGUAUCAUCCCACAGUUAUGUGAAGAACUGUUUGAGAAAAUCAAUGACAACUGUAAUGAAGAAAUGUCGUACUCUGUGGAGGUGAGCUACAUGGAAAUUUACUGUGAAAGAGUUCGAGAUUUGCUGAAUCCAAAAAACAAGGGUAAUUUGCGUGUGCGGGAGCACCCUCUUCUUGGCCCGUACGUGGAGGACCUCUCGAAGUUGGCGGUCACUUCCUACACGGACAUCGCCGACCUCAUGGAUGCUGGCAACAAGGCCAGGACGGUGGCAGCUACCAACAUGAACGAGACCAGCAGCCGUUCCCAUGCUGUGUUCACCAUUGUUUUCACCCAGAAGAAGCAGGAUACAGAGACCAACCUUUCCACCGAGAAGGUCAGUAAAAUCAGCUUGGUGGAUCUAGCAGGAAGCGAACGAGCUGACUCAACUGGUGCCAAAGGGACUCGAUUAAAGGAAGGAGCGAACAUUAAUAAGUCUCUCACAACUUUGGGCAAAGUCAUUUCCGCCUUGGCAGAGGUGAGUAAGAAGAAGAAGAAGACGGAUUUUAUUCCCUACAGGGAUUCUGUACUUACUUGGCUCCUUCGAGAAAAUCUAGGAGGCAAUUCUCGGACUGCGAUGGUGGCGGCACUGAGCCCCGCAGACAUCAACUACGACGAGACCCUGAGCACUCUGAGGUACUGAGCAGGGUCUGCAUGGAUUU